AUGUCUGAACCUGCCCCGACUCCCCCUCCCGAUACACCUCCCCCUGCGUCUCCGGCUCCACCGUUAUUGCACGACGAUGACCUUCCCGUGGCGGCGGCGUCUCCUCCCUCGCGCGAUGUGGGUGGCACUUCACCCGCCGCUGACGCUCCCAACGACGACGGGCGACCUCGCACUCCCACUGGGACCCAACCUCCUGUCCAUGUAUUCAAUACGCCGGUUUCUCUUCCGUCGAACCGGCCGCUCGCCUCUCGAAAACUUCAGAGUCAAGACGUCGAUCUGGCGACAUUGAAGACAGAGGCCGGCGGUGAGGCAUCAAGACUACGAGUUGGACCAGUGUCCAUGAAGGACUUCAUGCGCCUUACCUUUCGGCGUCACUUUGAAGACGUGGUAGAGAAUGCCUUGCAGACGGUAUCAGAGAAAGAUCAGGCCCUAGUAUCAGCAAUUCUAGAGGACGUGCCCACGGAGAAUGGGCUCGAACGCGAUAUGUAUGACCCUCUGGAGAGGGGAAUGAACAAAAUGUGCUCGCGUCUGUGGAAGAAGAGUUCAAUCGAAGUCGAAACCGUCGACCGCAAAAAAGACCCCGACGACCCUGGGAUGCCAGACCUUAUGAUCAAGUCACGUUUUGAAAAGUGCACUUGGCCAACCGCAUUGGCGUUCGUGGAAGUCAAGCCUCGGGACAAGCAGGAUCCCUUUUAUUACACUGACGGCUCCUCCUCAAAUGUCGUGCAUGGUUACGAAGUUGAUGUCUGGGAUCAAAUUUCCUACUACGCUACGGUCUCGUUCAGGCGCCGGCCUCGCUGCUUUCUCUGUGGCAUUGGUGUUUUUGGCAAUCGCGCUCGAUUCUUUCGCUUCGAUCGCUCUUCGAUAUUGGUAUCCGAGGCCUUUGAAUACAAGGAGGAUCCCCAACCACUCUGGCAAUUUUUGGCUGGCUUCGGCGCCGAGGGUUACUAUGGUAGUGGCGUGGACCCUACGAUAGACUUCGAGGUCCACGGUCACGACGCUCUCCUACUGGAAAAGAUUCGAAAGGCAAGAGAGAAGCGCCUGCUCUCAGAAGAAGCUGAGAAGCUAAACGAUGACACCCUGAGGGCGCAGAGCAGCACCAUCAGAGUUCCGUCCAAGGACGGUGGGAAACUCGAGCAGUACAUCACCGUCGGCCCACCUUUGGUGACCUCGACAGCGCUCCUUGGUCGCGGGACGUGCACCUGGCUCGCCUUCCCUGUCCCCGGGACCGUUGAAAAUCCGGAGCGCAGCAACGAAGACCACUUCGUAAUCAUCAAGGAUUCUUGGCGGGACCCUACUCGCAGACUCGAGGGCGAUAUAUACGACAUUAUCCAUGGCGGCAAGGAUCACGUUGAUCACGUUCCCGGCGUGGCGAGGAAGCGCAGCGAUGUAGAUCUUGUCGAGCCGCCUGACCCGAACAACAAGAUGCAUCGGACGCUCGCCCACGUACUGAACACCCAUAUACUGGAUGACAAUGCACCUCGCAAGUGCCCUCCUCGCGUCCAUCACCGGUGCAUCCUCAAUUCCGUCGGGAUCCCUCUCAGUCGGUUCACAUGCACGCGCGAGGCAUUGGAAGCGAUCUAUGACUCGCUCUUAGGUCAUGAACACAUGAGCAAGAAGGAUAUACUCCAUCGGGAUAUCAGCGUGAAUAAUAUGAUGAUCAGCGCUUACCCCGAGGUGGAGAAAUGCAAAGGCUUUCUCAUUGAUGUCGAGUACGCUACCGUGGUUGGGGAGCCCGGGAGCGAGGGGCAUCUCCGUGAAAUCACGGGAACCACACAAUUUAUUUCCACUGCUCGACUUCGGCAAGGCGAGCAGUUACUCGUUCAUGAAACUUGGCACGACCUGGAAUCGUUCUUCUGGUCUACGACGUACCUCUUCAUUCAUCACAGGCCGCAUACUUUACCUGACAAGUGGAUCACUGGAGUCUUUGCCAUUUGCCAUGAAUCCAUAAGGCUUGACUUGGUCAAAACGCAUGUGGAGACGAUGCAAAUUCUGUGCGGCCCUGACGACAACAGCGAAGGUGGCGAGCGAGCCCGAGCUCAACAGGAGAACGCGCCACUAACCUCCUUGAUUCACGAGUUCGCGACACUAGUGGCCAGCCACUACCAGGAUUCGCCGUUCGUUAAGAAAUACUACCGCAAGAAUCCCGAAGACUUUUUCCGGUUGACAACUCAUGAGGAAUUAAAGAAGGCCUUUUGCAAAGCUCUGAACUCCGAUCGCUGGCCUUCGAACGAUGGCGCCACCCCCUUCCGCCUUAUAGAAACACCUAAGAAAGCUGCUCGGGCCUCGAGUAACGUAUCGGAGAGUAAAGGAUAUUCUGGGUGA